UUUCUUGUCUAUUGAGUCAUGUAACUUUUCUCUCUACAGAUUUUUUGGAGUUACAAGAAGUCGAAACAAACUUCUCACAGCCUCCCAGAAUGGCAGACCAGAAGCGCCUUGCCUACUCCAUCAUCCAGUUUCUACAUGACCAGCUACAGAAUGGGGGUUUGUCUCCUGAUGCUCAGGAGAGUUUGGAAGUGGCCAUCCAGUGCCUGGAGACAGCAUUUGGGGUCUCAAUGGAAGACCAAGGCCUAGCUGUGUCCCAGACUCUUCCUGAAAUAUUUGAAGCUGCUGUGGGAAAGGAGCCUGAACACAUCAGAACAAAUUCAGAGCCUGUCACCCCCUCUGAAGAUGACAUAGCUGAAGCUGAAAGACUCAAGACUGAAGGAAAUGAACAAAUGAAGGCAGAAAACUUUGAAGCUGCUGUGUCUUUCUAUGGGAAGGCAAUUGAAUUGAAUCCAUCCAAUGCCGUGUAUUUCUGCAACAGAGCUGCUGCAUACAGUAAACUGGGAAAUUAUGCUGGAGCAGUGAGAGACUGUGAAAGAGCUAUAGCCAUUGAUCCAAACUACAGCAAAGCUUAUGGCAGAAUGGGCUUGGCUCUCUCCAGUUUGAAUAAACACACAGAAGCUGUCAUUUACUACAAAAAAGCCCUGGAGCUGGAUCCAGACAAUGACACAUACAAAUCAAACCUUAAAAUAGCUGAGCAGAAAAUGAAGGAGACUCCUAGUCCAACCGGAGGUCCAGGAGGAUUUGAUUUAGCUGGUUUGCUGAACAACCCUGGCUUCAUGAGUAUGGCAUCUAACCUAAUGAACAAUCCACAAGUACAACAGCUCAUGUCCGGGAUGAUUUCUGGUGGCCACAAUGCCAUGGGAGCAGCGGGCACCAGCCCCUCCACGAAUGAUCUCGCCAGCCUCAUACAAGCGGGCCAGCAGUUUGCUCAGCAGAUGCAGCAGCAGAAUCCUGAACUAAUAGAGCAGCUACGAAGCCAGAUUAGGAGUCGAACUCCAAGUGCCAGUAAUGAAGAUCAGCAGGAAUGAGCACUCCAGACUGGGUUCUCUAUAUCAGUACUGCUAGUACUGUGCCUCAGAUGCAAGGCUCAGCCCUGAGGAGUGAUGAAUAAGAACUUCCCUCACACAUUGUCACUGACAAAUGAGUUUCAUCAUCUAGCAUUCACAGUGGUUAAAGGGAUGCUUUAUUUUCAUAAAAAAUUGAAUUUGCAAAUGUCUUGUCUUCCUGUCUCUGCAGCGCAGUCCGUGGGAACUAUGUUCUUUGCUUUAAAAACUGGAAGCCAUGUGCGCAUUGCCAUUUCUUGAGUUGGAAGUGUCCAAGAGGGGGAAAAAAAUAAUGGAAAAACAAAAUACUUUAUAUGACCUGCAUGUUAAAGACAGAUUCAUGCUUUCUCUUCUUAGUCUUUGUCCCUGCUCCUCCCCCUCAGCCUUUCCAUUAGUCUUUGUUUCUUCUGGAAGAUCCAGCAAGCUGAACACAAACCAGCAUCAACAGUCUUUCUAAAGAAACUCAGAAAAUUAACUACACUGUUACAUUUCUAUGUUAUUUGCUACAUGGGAAUUUUUUAACCCGUUUUUGAAGAACGAUGCACUCUUCACUACAGGAUGUCUUCACUUUCCUGCCCACGUGCCACUUCAAAGAAGUGUUCAAGUCCUACCUAACCCCUGUCCUGCCCCGUUUAAUCUUCCUGCCAGUUACGAGACUGUUGUGUUUGAACACUCUGGAGAUCCUGGGAUCUUCUUGCCUCCAGAACAGGGUUUCUGUCAAUUAGAUUCAGUGUGUUUCUCAUUCAGGUCUGUAGCAACAUUGCCAGUGUUGUUAAUCCAUGGGAGUUUGGUGGUCACCUCUCAAAGGUUAGUGUAAAUGUGUCAGAGUUGGGACUGGCCAGUGCGACUACUUUAGCGAGCGUUUCCUUGUAUGCUUCUUGGGGUUCUUUCCCAGUCCUGACAAAAUUUGUCUAGUGUUUAGUAAUUAUGGCUGUGUUGUCAGAAUGAUCCAAUCUGUGAACUAGUCAGGUGGACAUUAAGAAAGAUAUGAUGUUUUUGGUGUUAAAAGGAUUUUUCUUCUGUUUUUUUAAUCUUUUAUGCAUGUGAGUAAUCAGCCUGGUUGACUGUGCUAAUGGUAGGAAUAGAGGGCGUCUGAGUAUAGAGCAGAAGGAAUAAAAAUGCUGCUUAGUCAGAAAUCAAGUGGCUGCUGGCUCAACAAUGGUGAGGAGUGAUUAUACCUCAGCAUAUAGUGUGUGAGACCAAGGGGAAAAAGCUCCUGUAGACAACUCGAGUGACCUGCAGCUUUCCACCCCUCUAGAGUUUACCCUUGGGUGAACAGAAAGCUCUGGCAAAUUCCCCUAGAAGUUGAGGCCAGAGAUUUUUAUAUCGACCUCAGAAUUGGUGUUUUUUUUUUUAAAUUAGUUACUUGGUUGUGGUGAGGAAGGCGUGUUUGUGGCCAACUGCUGGGCAAAAAGCAUCUGGUCUGAGGGUGUGAGAUGCAAAAUGCCCUUUCAGGAGACCUGGUGGUGUGAGUGAGCAGGUAUAUCUGAAGAUUAAUAUCAAGGAAAAAGAUUUGUAAAUGCUCCAUAAAGUAAUAUGUGGUUAAUGUAACUUGUGAAGAAUAAAAUACUUGGACACUU